ACGGCAGCGGAGGGCGGGGUCUGUAGAACGGAAGCUCCAGGUCCUUUCUGCUCCUCUUCCUUAGUUUUUUGUAGUCAAGUAGGUUCCAGAGUCGGCUUCUCAUUAGUCCGAGGUCACCGCCACUCUACUACUUGGCUGCCCCAUCUAUCUGGACCCAAUUGAGACCUCGCAGCCCGCGACCCUCCACUCCCGAUGCAGAUCCUCUGAGCCCGACCCCACUGACUGAUCCGUUGUCAACUGGAUCCCAUUAAGCCUGCGUCAUUUGUCCGGGAUCCUCUGGACCACUGAGCCCGCUCAGGAACCCCCUCUCCCCCGGACGAGUUCUGCUCCAGCGUGGGAGCGGGUGACUCAAUUAUCCACAUCUUACCCCUGUCCCUCAACUGAAUUUCACGGUUCAGGCCCGCGGAGAGGGAAAGAAACCGAGUUUUAGGCUGGGCCCUGUGUGGUCGGGUCGUCAAAGUGACAGAAGGGAUGCUGGCUGAGGGCAGGAUUGAGAGCUUGUCUGGACAGCAGACAAUCACUUCCUACCAGACGGUCCAGUGAGAGCAGAAAAGAAAAGCAUGUACUUCUACUGAGCUACUGAUGUCCCUGGGGGGACUGCUGGUGUGGAAGGCAGUAGCCGCAGGAGCUGAGAAGCUCACUUAAGGGACCCCACUAUUUGGCAAGACUAGUCACUGGCUACAAGGUGGCCCUUGUAGAGUUUGCCAUCUGCUUCAAGUCUGUUGUGGCUGCCAGAACCCUAGAAGGGCACGCUGCAGCCAGCAGCGUAGAGCAGGUAGAGAUGGACAGUAGGCAGCAGCGCCCCCAGAGGAAGACGCUACAGUGGCAGCUCACUCAAGAGGAAGGGCUUGAGUCCCCUCCACACCGGCCUUCAGCCACUUCCAGCCAGCCAGACACCAAGAACAAUCUUCAGGAGGACCUGCAGACCCAAGACUGGGUGUGUGAGCCUCCAGAGCGCAGGUGCCCAGGUAGUCGCUGGAAUGUCAGCAUCGACGAGCGCAGACAUCUGGCCAUGCUGCAUGCGCAGGAGAGAACAAACACGGCCAGGGUCCCAGCUAGAGACACGCUGGGCCUGCACCUUCCAGUCCGGCCGACUGCACCCUUCCCAUUGACUGGGCCUGCCCCAACCUCGCCCAACCAGGUCCCUGAAACCAUGGUUGGUCACCCGCAGGAUAUUGUGCAGAUGGUGGCCAACCUGGUGUCUGAGGGUGUGGACAGGGAUGUACUCCUCCCUCAUCCGCAACAUUCCACCAGGUACACCUUCCAGAACUUCUUGGCCCGGGGCACUCCCCUCUGGCAGAGCGAGAAUUUCGAGGCCCAGACCUCAAGGUCACCACCCUCCUAAGAAGGAUCCCUGCUUAGCCCAGUGUAUGUUGUCCAGUGCCUUUCUUUGUGGUGGAACAUGACUUCCAUACCAUACCCCUUGUGCCCUCUUUGGGCGUGACCCACCCACAAAGGACAAACAGGUCAGGACCAAGGUCUCAGGACUCAGGAGAGCUGCCCCUCCUGGGAACCUGGUUGGGAACUAACUACAGAAGAACCAUGGAAGGGAGAGUCGGACAGAGUAACUUUCUGAAAGAGCCCCUGCUCGGUGGGGCAUAAUGGUGACCAGCAUUUGUGGGCCUCUGAGGAGGUUAGAUUUCCACACAAACCACCGACUGCUUUGCUAGCCUCAUUACUGAGCAGCUGCCCAAGGAGGUGGUGAGACCCCUGCCACGUCCAGUUCCACCAGUAGGGUUUUCAUGUCAUGAACCAUUUGGGACUCUGGGAUCUAGCCUCAAGAUGAAAAGGGAUGUGUGACCUGGGAGAUACUAUGAGACUUUUGGGGACAGCUCAAGGAGAGGAUCCUAGUGAGGUUCUAGACAUAGGCAGACUUCCAGGUAACUGAUCAUUCCAGACAGUGAACUUGGAGUUGGACAGGCUAGGAAGGCAGUGUGCACCAUACAGUAGGUUUGGGGUAAUAUAAGGAGCUGUGUAUCUCACUUUGUCUUGAGGUUGGAGGCCCUGAAGAGGGUUUGGGACUGGGGUGGUAACACAAGACACAUUUGGGGGACAUCAAGCUGGAGGAAAGGCAGUAAAAGUGUGUAACCCCAGUCUGUCAGAGUGUUUAUAGGGGGCACCACAGACUCAGAGACUGGUAGCGGUGGCCUGGACUUCUGUGUGCGUAAGGCUGGGCACAAGGAAUUUUGAGUCAAGAGGAAGUGAUAGAUCCUGGAUUUAAGUAUGGGCAUGAGUCAGAACUGUGCCCUAACUG